AUGGCCGGCCACCACGACCCCCGUCUGCUCUAUUCGAUAGGGGGCAUUCGAGCCUACCAUAUCCAGGACGGAGAAGAGGCGCCCCUCACUCCCUCUGGUGCCCAAACCCUCUCUCUCCUCAUGGUCCCUACGAGCUCUCCCUUCGCCGACCUGAGCAAUACUCGAGGCCAGAACGAAGCGCCUGAAGAAGAUUUCUAUCUACACCUCAAUUUGCCCCCCGAGCUCGAUCUUCCCCUCCCUGCGACGACCCAAAUAUACCAUCAGCCACCAAGAAGCUAUCUGAUCCCCCGAUGGGAUCUUGGCCCAGACAGCGGCGCCUUCACGCGUAUCGAAUUCCCUUCUCUCGGAAAGAGCUCCAAUCACGUCACGCAAGAAGACGUGGAUACAUUCGAGACCAUACUCGCACAGUGUACCGCUUUUUUGGAACGUGCCACUGCUCCGCAAUCAGAGAAGAGCGCCAAACCAUACAAUCCUGCAGAUUUCGCGCCAGGAGAAGGAUAUGUGGGCACUGGUGAACAUCUACACGGUCAGAUCGUCCUUGUUGAUGAGGACAACGGUAGCGUUGUUGGAGAGUUGGCGGAAGGUGCCAACGUUGUGGAAUCUGCGUCACUCAAACCAGGAUCAAAGAACCCAGUGGAGAUUCAAGUGUCUGAAGACGGCCAACGGAUUGACGUUCGCCCAAUUUCUGAAGACUACUUGAAAAUGGCCCGACAUCCCGCAUACAAAGACUCAUCGCUCGUGCAGAACGCUGCUGCGGCGUCCCGGCUCAUUGUCACUGGAUCUAGCUAUGUCAGCAACAUGCUUGUCUCAGGCGCCGAGACCUUUACUCAAAAGACGAAGCCUGCGUCCAAGCCCAUGACCUUCAAGCCCACAACUCACCAGCAUGUUCGCAAGAUCAACACAUUCACAACUAGCGCUGCAGGUAUCUCGGCCAAGACUGUUGGGCAGGCAACAAAGUAUGCGCAGAACAUUGGUGCAUCCCUAACCGGGCGAAAAGGGAAGAAUAGUAAGGGCGUGCCAGAGGACUACAAGCCUGGCCUUUUGAACAAAUCGAUGAUUGCUUUCUCCACUAUUGCGGACGGCAUCGCACACUCUGGGAAGAGUCUUCUCACAACUACAGGAGCCGCUGCGACUACGGUGGUUGGGCACAAGUACGGACCUGACGCUGGAUCGAUCGCUGCAGAUCUUGCCGGCGGUGUCAAGAAUGUCGGUCUAGUCUACAUUGAUGUUACUGGUGUCUCGCGCCGUGCGGUCAUCAAGUCUGUCGCAAAAGGUAUGGUAGUAGGUAAGGUCAAGGGUGGAGGCGAGAUAGUUGUUGGCGGUGGAGAUGGAGGAGUGUUCAACCCCGACUCUCUCAAACAAGGCGGCGGCGUCACGAACGAAAAUCUUGGACAGGGUCAGAUCGGUGGACCUCCUGGGAUUGUCGGGUUUGGGAAUGCUGUGCCAUCAAGUUAUCCUUCUGGCGCCGGGCCGUACUCUUCUGGCCUUGGUGAGUCUAUAGAAGGGACAUAUGCUACUGAGAAGAAGUAUUGA